GACAAACGCGUCGAUUUGGCCCAUCAAGGACUCGGCUUGCUUAAGUAGGUUGGCCCACGAUACACGGCCCAGUAAAACAGCUUCAGCUUAUGGGCCGGCUUGACCCUGGCUGCUGCUCGUCCGGGGAACGCAUGCGCCGCCUUGUCCCGCCGCUCGCCGUCCACCCGCCGCCAUGCCUCCCGGCGCAGUCCGCGCCUCUGGCCGCCGGCGCGGCCGGAAUCACCGUCCCGGAGGUGCUGCCCCUCCUGGAGCGGGCCAUCUCCGCAGGCGACGUGCUCCGCCUCGGGCGCGCCGCGCACGCGGUCCUCGUCAAGACGGCGCUCACCAGCCACACGCUCCUCUCCAACCGUCUCGUCGCGCUCUACUCCCUGCUCCCGUGCCCGUCCGCCGCCAUCGCCGCCUUCGACGACCUUCCGCACAAGAAUCCCCACUCCUACAACACGCUUCUCGCCGCCCUCACCCGAGGCCCCGACACCCUCCCUGACGCCCUCCACCUCUUCGACGCAAUGCCGACCGACUUACGCAAUGUUGUCUCCUACAACACCGUUAUCUCGUCCCUAGCGCACCAUGGCCAGCAGAAGGAGGCGCUCCGCGUGUCCGCUCGGAUGACCAGGGACAGGUUCCUGGGGCCAGGGUUGGCCGUCGACCGUUUUACGGUUGUCAGCGUCGCGACUGCAUGCGCGGGCCUUGGAGCUGCGAGACCGCUGCGAGAAAUGCACGGCAUGGUGGUGGUGUCGGGGAUGGAGUUGACCGUCAUCAUGGCCAAUGCCAUGGUGAACGCCUACAGCAAGGCCGGGAGGGUGGAGGAUGCGAGGCGGCUAUUCGAUCAGGUCAGCGUCCGGGACACUGUCUCUUGGACGUCGAUGAUUGCUGGGUACUGCCAAGCAAAGAGACUCGAUGAGGCAGUUCAGGUGUUUGAUAUGACGCCAGAGAAAGAUAGGAUUGCAUGGACAGCACUAAUAUCUGGGCAUGAGCAGAAUGGGGAUGAGGAGGCUGCUCUUGAGCUUUUCAAACACAUGUUAGCUGAGGGGGUGGCACCAACGCCUUUCGCCUUGGUAUCAGCUUUGGGCGCGUGUGCCAAGCUUGGGCUUAUCACACGGGGGAAGGAAUUGCAUUGCUUCAUCUUGCGCCGGAGCAUUGGUUCAGACCCUUUCAACAUUUUCAUCCACAAUGCACUCAUUGACAUGUACUGCAAGUGUGGUGACAUGGCAGAAGCCAUGGAAGUGUUUGAUCGGAUGCCUGAGAGGGACUUCAUAUCUUGGAACUCCAUGGUCACAGGUUUCUCGCAGAAUGGCCAGGGAAAGCAGUCACUCACCGUAUUUGAGAGGAUGCUGGUAGCUGGAGUUGGGCCAACCCAUGUCACUUUUCUUGCUGUUCUCACCGCUUGCAGCCAUUCUGGUCUAGUAUCUGAUGGACGCCUCAUUCUUGAAUCAAUGGAGGACCAUGGUGUUGAACCAAGGGCUGAACACUAUGCUGCCUUCAUAGAUGCUCUUGGUCGGAAUCACCAGCUGGAAGAAGCAAGUGAGUUCAUCAAAGAUUUGUCAUCCAGGAUUGGUCCUGGUACAGCUGGAUCAUGGGGAGCUCUCCUAGGUGCAUGCCGUAUUCAUGGAAAUAUCGAGCUUGCAGAGGAAGUGGCAGAGUUCCUCUUCCAGUUAGAGCCUAGGAACAGUGGUCGGUAUGUCAUGUUGUCAAACAUCUAUGCAGCAGCAGGACAGUGGGAUGAUGCACGUCGAGUCAGGGGACUCAUGAAGGAGAAAGGCUUUAGGAAGGCUCAGGCUUACAGCUGGAUUGAAGUGCGGAGUGCAAAGUAUGUAUUCGUUGCUGCUGACAUCUCUCAUCAUGAGGCAGACGAGAUAUAUGAGAUGUUGGGCAAGCUUCUCGAUCAUAUGUGCGUAGCAGGGGAUCCUACCGAACACCAGCUUGAUUUGUGUUGAGAGAAACCACCCAUGUAUAAAAGCGUUGCUCUGGUAUUGCCGGGACAAUCACUCUGGUAUAAGCCAUGCUAGGCGAGGUCCACUGCUUCACCUUCAGCAUCCUCUUGUUCCUUGUCAUGCAAAGUGCUGACCUUGUGAGGCAGGAUGGCUGCAAAGGAGCUUUAGGGCCCAGGACUUUGGUUCCUGUGCAGUUUUUAAAUCUUCAAUUUGAUAGCUCAAGUGCUUAACGAGAUUUACAUAGAGAAUCAACUUAAGUGGAUUCGAGGUUCCAGGCUUUGGGUCACUGCGUAUUCUGUCAGGCUUCAACCACAUCAGAAUCUGCAAGAGUUUGAUCCAAUUUAGUUUGAAUUAUUUGAGUUAACUUCAGAAUCAAAUAUUCCUUUGCAUGUCAGCUGAUCUCUUUAUUAUGAACAAAUAGCAUUGACUGAUUCUAUGUUAGGAAAGUAGAGAGAGAUUCCGAGUUGGAUUAAUUUGUAACUACAGGUACAUUUUCGACAACUGAUCACAUUAUUGUCCAGAUCAAGGAAAAGGUUGUGGACUAUUGAGUGUCCAGAUCUAUGUGAAAGGCUAAUUGAAUUAUACGCAACAAAUAAUUCAGUCCAGAGUCCAUCUCAUUGUGAAUUGUCAAGGACCAACACUGGCUCCUUGGAAUAACGAUGUGCUUUAUAUUUGA